ACCCUGAUAUUAUUAACCUAGUUAACCUUUGUCCAAACUUAACCUUUCUCGAUAUUAACCGAUGCUCUGCACUACAAGAUUCAACGUUGGCUCAUAUUGCAAGCAGUUUAGGUUCCCAUCUCACCACCCUAAUCGUGUCUCAGUGUCCAAAAUUCACAGACAAAGGUUUCACUGCUUUAGCUCGUUCUUGCAAAGUACUUACUUCUUUGGACUUUUCUUUUACUGACAUAACUGACAAAGCUCUUUCUGAGAUCGCUGUUACAUGUCCAACAAUAAGGUGGAUAAAUUUAAUAAACUGUGAUGGAGUGACAGAAUUGAGCUUAGAUGAAUUAAAAAAAUGGUGCAAAGAAUUAAAAGUUUUACGAUUAGAUG